GCCUAGUUUAGUAUCGCUUUAAGCUUGAACGAGGUAACUAAGCCGGUUUUGCAUAUACAUUUUUUGCUGUGUUCUGUUAGUUUAAACUUCCGAAAUCAAUUAAACACGCUUAACUACUGUAUAAAAUAUGCGUAAAAUAUUGCUUUUGCUUUGUAUUGCGAUGGGUUUGAGCGAGAAUGUGUUCGUGGAGCCGGCAACAGUACCAGAGAGUCAUAAUGUAAUUUGGGGUGCACGUAGUUCACGUGACGUACUCAUUAAGCGUGAGAUAGUGAAAGAGACGUUCAAACCGUUACGCGUUGUAUCGAGUAAUUAUGAAUUCAAACAAAAGACCGAUCGUAUUCCUUAUCCGCGCACCAUUACUCAAAUUGUCGUCACAGAUGUCUAUACUGAUGGCGAUGGUGGCCAUGCAACCCUAAAAAGCGGCGGACCAGGCAUGGAUUUCGCUGUUAUACAUCUAAAAAGUCAACGUGGUCAUGGUUAUCAUUUUACUAUUGACAUCUAUGGGCAGUGAACAGUUUUUUAUAAUAAAAUAAAAUAUUUAAUUUAA